GUUUGUGAGAGAUAUGAUGCGGGGAUGAAUGUCUGUAAAAAUACAGGUUUCUUAAGGGCUUUUUAUAAUUUUUUUUUUUUUUUGAAGGAAAAGACAAAAUAACAAAUGCCUGCUCAGUACAUUAUUUCCUGUGUCAUGCUUUUUGUCAAUAUGACAGAGGAGUAUUCCUGCAGAAGGCAAAGCUGCCCCCAAAAGUGAAGGGUGCUGCCCCCAGGGCUUCGAGCUGGGCAUCGUGAAUUCUCUUCAAGUUGUCAAAGUCCUGGGAAGUUUUGAUAAGCAAAUACUUUCUGGGCUCUGCCUCUUAUUGGCUGUUUCUUCACCGCCAGAUUUUGACACAAAUAAUCUGAUUGAAAAAUCAGGGAGGGGAACAGGGGGAAAAAAAAACCAGAGAGAAAAAAGGAGAAGUAUCUAUUUCAACUGACUGCGAGCAAGUGAAAAAGUGGAAGAGGAGUCCCGAGAGAGGACGACGUCUCGCUUGUCUGGGGAGAUUUCAAGGCAAAUCCAGUAAAGCAAAGUCCCUCAAACAGAAGGUGAAUGGAAGAUGCCACGUUCCUUUCUGGUGAAGAGCAAAAAGGCUCACACCUAUCACCAGCACCGCUGUGUGGAAGAUGACCUGCCAGUUCUCACGUGGGCUCCAGUCACCUCUGCCUUCACUGCCCCAGGAGACAGGACACCAGAGGACAUCAAGAAACAGGACCUGGGAUGUGUGGUUCCAAAACAAGAAAAAGACCCACCUGAACUGAAAGAAGAGAGUGUCCCUGUCCAGUACCUGAGCAGGAUGCUGCCAGGCCCUUCAGCUCAAGAGAUGGCCAUGCCAGGGCUGCAGAUCAAGGACUGCACUAACACAGCAAGCACCCCAACCUUCUACAAAGCUGGCUUUUCCUGGGAUGCUUUCCACAUGCCAUACAGCUACCAGCAGAUGUCUUCCAGCAUGCAGUCAGCCCUGCUGAAGCACCCUGUGAGCCUGUAUGGGAGCCACCUCCUGCCCAGCACCGAGCCCCCCCUGGAUUACAGCCUGCAUUAUUCCUCAGACAUGGAGACCUUCCACUGCGUGAAGUGCAACAAGGUGUUCUCUACUCCCCAUGGACUGGAGGUCCAUGUCCGAAGGUCUCACAGCGGGACCCGUCCCUUUGCUUGUGAAGUGUGUGGCAAAACCUUUGGGCACGCUGUGAGCCUGGAGCAGCACACCAACAUCCACUCCCAGGAAAGAAGCUUUGAGUGCAAGAUGUGUGGGAAGACAUUCAAACGUUCCUCCACCCUCUCCACUCACCUGCUGAUCCACUCGGACACACGGCCCUACCCCUGCCAGUACUGCGGGAAGCGCUUCCACCAGAAGUCAGACAUGAAGAAGCACACGUACAUCCACACAGGGGAGAAGCCCCACAAAUGCCAGGUGUGUGGCAAAGCCUUCAGCCAGAGCUCCAACCUGAUCACCCACAGCCGCAAACACACGGGCUUCAAACCCUUCAGCUGCGAGCUCUGUGCCAAGGGCUUCCAGCGCAAGGUGGAUCUGCGCAGGCACCGGGAGACCCAGCACAGCCUCAAGUGAGGGCUUUUCCUCCAGGAUUGUCCCCAGCACCUCCACCCAGCUCAUCAAGCUCCCGUGGUGUCCUGUGUUCCCCUGGGGACUGGCCACGUUGUGAUUAGCUUUGGUGUUUGGCACCACAGGGCCUUGCACAUCCCAAAGGAACCUGUGGGAGCUUUCACUUUUUGAUUGCAACAGGUACCAGCCCAGAUCUGACAGCACCUGCUCAAGUGUAAAUCCAGAGGAAUUCCUCCAAGGUCACUGUUACUCUGGCUUUACACCAGGAGCAGAAUCCAGUUCUUCAGGCUGCCCAGCGGGGAGGAGGGGACUCCUGGGCUGGUGGCAGCAACAAUCUGUACAAAGCUGGUGCUGUAACCGUGCUCUGCUCUGAUGCUUGGGAAGAUAAGCCCAGGGCAUGCAAAUAGAUUGCAUUCAGUCAGCUGUGUUCAACCUGGACAGGCCCUCUGCAGAGACUUGCCCAGGCCAUAAAUUCUGCCAACAGACACCUUAAAGUCAUUUCUUUCAGCAGAGCAUUUACUGUGAUCAAAUGACAAGUUAACUGUGCUGUAUUUUUAGCUUGGAGUGGGAGGAAAAUACUGAAGAAACAGCUCCUAUCCCUAGCAGAUAACAGGGGUCUCUAAAUACAUUCCACAGACACACCAUGCUGCAGAAAUCCCAAGCAGGCUCCAGGAAGAACCACAGCACCAGGCACAAGCUAAUAAUCCCCAUGUCUUGGUGCCAUGGGAGAGUCUGGCUGCUCUUGGAACUGGGGCUGGUAUGUCCCCCAGUAUUUCCCUGCAUGCUGGACAUGCCAGCUUAGAGCUGUCCUGAGCAGCCCUGAGUCACUGCAUGGGCAGCAGUGACCCUGGAUAUCAAUGUCAAGGGCCAGAUUUCUGCUUGCCAGGCACUCUCCUCAAGGAGGAAGUGACUGAGCCUGUACAUGUUGGCAGAGCAUGCACGUACCUCACAAGUGUUAUACAAAGACAGCAGUGGUAUUUCCUCCUUUUGCCAGGUCUAGGGGUUGAAGCAAACACUGAAGCAAGUAAAGAACCAGUUCCCCUCCAAGCUCUGCCAAAUUCUCUCUCUAUAACCUUUGGCAAGGCACUGCACUGGGCUUUUGUUUUUCCACCCCUCCUGGUGGCGUGGGGCCAUUCACUCAGGUUUGUGGAGUCCCCUGAGUUGUUAACAGGAAGGACAAAGUAUUAUU